CGCUUUCCCGAGCUCAGCGGGAGUUUGCUGCGUGGACCGCUGGCAGGACCCCGGAUGAGCGAGCCGCCUGCCGGGCAGGGGGCCUCGUGGCCCCGCCGCGCUGCGAACGCCGCCGCCGCUCCGUGCAUCCCGGGGCGCGACAGGUCGUCUCCGGGCGCGGGGAGUCCGGCGGCGGCUGGGGCGGCGGCGGCUGGGGCGGCGGCGGGGGCGGGCGGAGGCCUGGGCGGCUCCCCCGGCGGCUCCCCCGAGACCCUCCCGGCCGCAGGCGGGCUGGACUGUGAGCCCUGGGUCCGAGAGAAGGUGCUGUUUCUUCUGCACCCCGAGAGGUGGCUGGGGACUCCAGGGGACCCUGCAAGGGGAGGAGUGGCCGGUGGGGAGGAGCUUUUCCCGGCGGCCGGAGCCGCCCGGGACCCCGACUGCCCUUCUCUCUUUCCGCGAGCCGAGCGGGUUUCCCGCGGCCGCGUAGGCGCGGCCCGCCCCGGAGCGCCCCCCAGGUCGGUGCUCGUGAGGGUCGUGGACUACCAGGCGACCGAGGAAGUCCUGUGGACCGCGUGGACCAAGGGCCUCACGGCCGCCCGCACCCAGGAGCGCUCCGUGACCGCGAUCACUUUUCGCACCGGCAGGGAGUGAGGCGGCAUGUGGGGGCGCAGGGCCGCGGGGACCCCCGGGCUCCCCCAGCGUCCGGGCAGGCGCCCCGGCCACGCCGCGCAGAGGUGACCUCACAGCCCCCUGGGACUGGACUGCCCAAGGACAGGAAACAGGAAAGAGGAACCGGAGGAGUGUUGCGGGUAGUGGGCGAGCGAGCAUCCUUAGGAGAGUGCUGCUCCCGGAGCACCCACCUGCAGAGAACAGCGGGGACCUGGUACGAGGCCGCGGCAGCGCUGCGGGGAGGCGGCUGACACCCCACACCGAAUGCAGAACUUUGAGAGAUUGAAAUGCCCUCAAAUAUCAUCUGAUCCAUCUCUUACCUCCUGGCAGACAGAUAGACCUCUAUUCCUGAGGGUCCUCUGGGGACCUACGAGGAGUGACACCUGCAGACCAUCUCCAGAAGCCUGAAGAGCAAAAUCUCCUUUCUUAUGUCAAAAGGAAACUAAAGAUACACACUGUCCUUGAGGGUACAAAUUAAAGGGAUCCCUGGGUGGCGCAGCGGUUUGGCGCCUGCCUUUGGCCCAGAGCGCGAUCCUGGAGACCCGGGAUCGAAUCCCACGUCGGGCUCCCGGUGCAUGGAGCCUGCUUCUCCCUCUGCCUGUGUCUCUGCCUCUCUCUGACUAUCAUAAAUAAAUAAAAAUUAAAAAAAAAAUACUUUUUCUAGUACUUGAUAGUUCUUUAAAUUCACUCUUCUAAGUGA